GGCUGUCACUGAGCCAAAUGAUUAAACCCCUUAAAGCCUCAAAAACCUCAGCUCUUCAUUCUUUUUCUCAUUUCUCCUUCUGAUGUCUAAAACCCUUCUCUCUCGCAUCAAACCCCUCCACAUCCCAAAACGCAAUCCUUCUCCACCGUUUCGCUUCCCUCCCCGCCUCAAAAUCCUCAUCACUGAAACCAUACAAAUCCUGAAAACCCACCCACAAUGGCCAGAUUCCCUCGAAACCCGUUUCUGCGACGAAGAAACCUGCGUUUCGGAGGUUGCCCAUUACGUGUUUGAUCAUAUACACGACGUAGAAUUAGGCAUAAAGUUCUUUGAUUGGGUCUCUAAGCAAGAACCUCAGCAUUUUCCCCUUAAUGAGUUGGCUCAUUCUUCUUUCUUGAAGCUCCUAGCAAGGUUUAGACUGUUUUCUGAGAUCGAAACCGCAUUGGAGAACAUGAAAAUGGAAGAAAUAAAGCCUACACAUGAAGCUUUAAGCUUUAUUGUUCGCGUUUAUGUAGAUUCUGGCUUUGUUGAUAAAGCUCUUGAGUUGUUUUACUCUGUGGUUAAUAUUUACAACUCUGUUCCUAAUGUGUCUGCUUGUAAUUCAUUGCUUAAUUCACUCGUGGAGUUAAAAAAAGUUGAGAUCGCGCAUAAAGUGUUUGAUGAAAUGGUUGAAAGAGAAGGCUGUGUUGACAAUUAUAGUGUCUGCAUAAUGGUGAAGGGUUUAUGUAAAGUAGGGAAGGUUGAGGAAGGUAAAAAAUUGGUUGAGGAUAGAUGGGGAGAAGGGUGUGUUCCGAAUGUUGUUUUUUAUAAUACAUUAAUUGAUGGGUGUUCCACUAAAAGGGAUGUCCAAAGAGCUAAGGACCUUUUCAAGGAGUUGAAAAUGAAGGGGUUUUUGCCUACAUUGAAGACUUAUGGAGCUAUGAUAAAUGGGUUUUGUAAGAAAGGGGAUUUCAAGGAAAUUGACAAGCUUUUGAAAGAAAUGAAAGAAAUGGGGUUGGGUGUUAAUACUCAGGUUUAUAAUAAUAUUAUUGAUGCUCGAUUUAAGCAUGGUUUUGAGGUUAAAGUGACAGAGACUAUAAAGCAGAUGAUUGAGAGUGGAUGUGAACCAGAUAUUGUUACGUAUAACACUUUGAUUAUUGGUUUGUGUAAGGAUGGGAAGGUUUGGGAAGCUGGUCAACUUCUGAAACAGGCAAUGAAGAUGGGAUUGAUACCGAAUAAGUUUAGUUAUACUCCUUUGAUACAAGGAUAUUGCAGAGUAGGGAAAUAUUUUGUGGCAUUGGAUUUGCUCAUUGAAAUGACAGAGAGUGGACAUAAACCUGAUUUAGUUGCUUUCGGAGCUCUUGUCCAUGGACUUGUUGCAAAGGGAGAGGUGGAUGUAGCAUUAAUGAUUAGACACAGGAUGGUUGAAAAGGGAGUAUUGCCUGAUGCUGGUAUAUAUAAUGUUUUGAUGAAUGGACUUUGCAAGAAAGGAAGAUUUUCUGCUGCUAAAGUCCUCCUUGCCAAGAUGCUUGACCAAAAUGUAACCCCUGAUGCAUUUGUUUAUGCGACCCUGGUUGAUGGAUUCAUCAGGAAUGGUGAUCUCCUUGAGGCAAAGAAACUAUUUGAAAUUAUGAUUAAAGAAGGCAUGGAUCCUGGUACUGUUGGAUACAAUGCCAUGAUUAAGGGUUUCUGCAAAUUUGGACAGAUGAAGGAAGCACUGUUGUGUGUCACUAGAAUGAUGGAAGUACAGGUCACCCUAGAUGAGUACACGUACUCUACAAUUAUAGAUGGUUACAUAAAGCACCAUGACAUGUAUGGUGCACUAAGGGUGUUUGGACAGAUGGUUAAAAGAAAAUGCAAGCCCAAUGUGGUGACAUAUACCUCUCUGAUCAAUGGAUUUUGUCGAAGUGGAGAUUUUAAUACAGCUGAAAAUGCUUUUAAAGAGAUGCGAUCUUGUGGUUUGGAGCCUAAUGUAGUCACAUACACUAUACUUAUUGGGAGCUUUUGCAAGGAAGGUAAACUUGCAAAAGCAGUCUUCUAUUUUGAAUUGAUGCUGUCUAACAAGUGCAUGCCUAAUGAUAUUACUUUCCACUAUGUAGUAAAUGGCUUCUCAAACAGUCCAACUGCAAUUCUGGAUAAUCAGUCUUUGGAGAAGAAAUCUCUUUUUAUUGAAUCCUUUAAUAUGAUGAUAUCUGAUGGAUCUGCUCAAAGAGCUGCUGUUUAUAACUCUGUCCUCCUCUGCCUUUGCCAAAAUGGAAUGACUGGAAUUGCUUUCCAGUUAAAGGAUAAGAUAACGAAUAAGGGCUUUGUUCCUGACCCUGUUUCUUUUGCUGCCUUUCUACAUGGCAUUUGCUUGGAAGGAAAAUCAAAGGAGUGGAGGAAAAUGAUCUCCAAUGAUUUAAAUGAACAGGAACUUCAAACUGCUUUGAAGUACUCGCAACUUUUGAACCAAUAUCUACCUUAUGGAAUAACUUCGGGGGCAUCACCUAUUUUGAAGACCUUGAUUAAAGACUGCAGCUCCAGAGACCAAAACAAUGAUCUCAUAGUCUCAGUAAAAUAGAGGAGGAAAAGUUGAAAGUAAAAGACCUCAGGAUUUACUGGAAAGACAUAUGGAAUUAGGUGGCUUCACAGGUAAAAAUGAGGUAGGGGUGAGUGAUUAACUGCAACUUUCACUAGAUUACUCAAUGAGUAUAUGGAGAACUUCUUUUAGGCAGACCCUGACAAUUCAUUUUAGCUUCAGAACAACAAAUAAUGAUGUGGCGUACGUUAUGGUAAUGUAUAGUCUGCUUCAGUUUCCACUUUUGCUGGAAGCUGAGGAUGGCUACGGGCAAUUAUGGGCUAAUCUCACUAGUGGUGCUUGUGCAGGUAGGUCAACUGUAAUUUUCAUUCUAUCAAAGCCAUUAUGUACAGUGAGAGAUUCUGAGGCAGAUUUGACUUGGAGAAACAGUUAAGCAGCAGGAUGCUCAAUCAAUCAAUUGUUUAGCACAUAAUAAAAAUCUGACUUUUGAAGUUGUUAAUGAGCUCACAGGCAGAAGCUGGUAUUAUGAUCUGAUUGUACUCAUGCCGGCUAAUUUCUCAAACCCUGCAACAAGUCAUC